UAACAACUCUAUUACAGUUUGGUUCACGCUAAGCUUGCAUAAAGUUGAUUUAUCCCUUAGUGAUAGAUUUUAGAGCCUUUCAAUGCGCCUAAGAACACUAGAGGUACAUUGUCAAAUCGAAUGAGCCUGGAGGAAAUUGGAUCUGUAAUGUAUUUGAUGCGAUGGUUACGUUCUCAUAAAAAUGCUAUAAAAGAUCACAAAGAUAAUGUACAAGGAAUCUGCAUGUAUUUUCUGGAGAUGGUCACCCUUCAUACCCCAGCUCCCGGAUGUCAUCCAGUUUAAGACCCAGGGAACAGAAAACAUUUAAAAACUAAGGAUGGUACUACCUGAACUUGUACAGCAAAAAUACACUGUUUUUGAGAGGUUUUACUAUUUUGUGUGCUCUGAACAAGACCAUGGUGUGUAUACCUGCCUUCCAGUGGAGUUAAUUUCUCCAUCCCCCAGAUGGUAAUAUCGUUCACUCGGCACCUGGCUUUCCCCAUCCUUGGGGGUAUGUAGGGUGCUUCUUAUCCCUUCUCUGUUCUGGUGGGAUCCACCUCCCACUGCUUUUGAGCAGAGUUGUAGUUUGUUCUACCAAAGACAGAAGACCCUGCCCUGUUCACCUGAACUCCGUUAUGGAUUGUUCCCUUACUCAAGGACUUUGUUCAAGAUUGGAUGCUAUAAUAUUCCAGACAAUUUUGUGUCUGCUACUGUGCUUUUUUUUUUUUGUGCAUUGGGGAUGUGGCAUUGUCACAGCACAUUUGUUAUAUUCGCCACAUCUCUGUUGGCAUUAUAACAGCAUCUCAUGACUAGCUUUGAAGGAAAAUAUAUAAUUUAAAUAGUAUAAUGUAACUUGUAUUGUGAACUGAUUUCUCUGCACUUCUAUAUUAUUGCUGGGUGGUGGAAAAGACUGCUAUGUGGCCGUGGUGUGUCGGAAGUAAGUGACGUAUUCGGAAAAUAUGCUCUCGCGAGACCGUUGUACAGACGUGGGAUUUUGAUAUCAAGGGUUGAGCCCGUGGGUAAGUGUCCACGAACUGACAGUGAUUGUACACAAAAAUAUCGCCCUUGUAACGAUUUCUUGGCAUUCGUGGGGAUAUAAGCUUGAAUAAAAAUUAUUGGUCUGUGAUAAAUGCAGAUCCUUUCUGUAUUAGCAGUUAUAAAUAGAGCUAAUAUGGCGACGGUGAUAUGCUUGCAGAUGCUACCCUGCCUAAUUGGGCGGUGUGGAUGGAUAGGGCUUGGUAGCUUGAUGAUGGUGAGGGGCUGUGUAAACAAAACCAUCCACAUUGUUUUGUUAGCUCGUGCUGAAUUUGUCAACAAUUUAAAUUCCAAGGGUAUAAAAGGAAUUCCUGAAUAUGAGUGAUGACAAACCUUUCUUAUGUACUGCUCCUGGGUGUGGUCAGCGAUUUACAAACGAAGACCACUUGGCUGUCCACAAACACAAACAUGAGAUGACACUCAAGUUUGGUCCAGCAAGGGACAACAGUGUCAUCGUUGCUGACCAAACACCAACACCUACACGCUUUCUGAAGAACUGUGAGGAAGUGGGACUCUUCAAUGAGCUUACCAGUCCAUUUGAGCAUGACUUCAAAAAAGCUGCUGAGGAUGACCUCAAAAAGAUGCCCUUGGAUCUGUCGCCUCUUGCCACACCAAUGAUCCUACAAAAUAAAAUUGAGGACCACUCAGUUGUGGAGGCCCAUCGGGGCAGCCCUCUGCCCCAUCCGGAAUCUACAACAAGUGACGAUAAGGAGGUAUCUUUGCAGCCGACCUCACUGCCAACCUCUACUAUAGUCCAUCCUGCAUCCCUCCAAGUCCCAAAUGUACUCCUAGCAACCUCAGACGCUAGUGUUGUUAUACAGCAAGCUCUCCCAUCGCCAACAUCUAGCUCUGUAAUUACCCAAGUCCCAUCCUCUAAUAGACCAAUAGUUCCAGUCUCUGGAACUUUUCCUGUACUCUUUCAGCUGCCUAAUGGACAAACCAUGCCCGUCGCAAUCCCAGCAACCAUCGCAUCUAGUGUACAUAUUCCAACCGCAAUUCCUCUUGUCAGACCCGUCACCGUAGUGCCUAACGUCCCUGGGAUCCCUGGACCGCCCUCGCCUCAAGCCGUCCAAUCAGAAGCUAAGCUGAAGCUGAAGGCAGUACUAAGCCAGCAGCUCCCUCAGGUAACCAAUGGAGAUUCUGGUGAUGUCCAGAGCAGUGCUGUGACCCACACUGCAGCCCCGGCCCUGGCCCCUUCCCCAUCUCUGUCUCCUGGCCCUCCCCCGGCCCCGCCUGAGGAACCCUGCCCCCAGACCCUCCAACAGCCUGCCACCUCCACCACUGAGACGCCUGCGUCUAAGGCGCACCCUGCCCAGCACACAGGGGGCCGGCGGCGCAGAGCCACCAGCGAGGACCCGGACGAGAAGAGGCGCAAGUUCCUGGAACGCAACCGAGCGGCGGCGUCCCGCUGCAGACAGAAGAGGAAGGUCUGGGUGUCUUCGCUGGAGAAGAAGGCUGAGGACCUCAACUCUAUGAACGGACAACUACAGAGUGAAGUCACCCUGCUGAGAAAUGAAGUGGCUCGGCUGAAGCAGCUUCUUCUGGCUCAUAAAGAUUGCCCUGUAACCGCCAUGCAGAAGAAAUCUGCCUUUCACACAUCUGAGAAGGAAGACAGCUGUGAGGAGAUGUCAGUCCCAGGCAGCCCCCAGAACGAGGCCAUCCAGCACAGCUCCGUCAGCACCUCCAACGGAGUCAGCUCCUCCUCCAUGACCCCUGCUGCCUCCGCCCCUGCCACAGCAGACCAGAGCACAGAGGAUGGCCAGGCACAGCGGGGCGCUGCCCUGUCCACCAUCCAGACUCAGCCCUCAGGAAGCUGAUCAGCCCCACCGCACCGCAGGCAGUGGCCCAGCCUCGCUGCUGCCUCUGUAGGGGAAAGGAACUCUCACUCAGCUUCGGUUUGGACUAUACUGUCUUUGCUCAUUGUUUGGUUUCUGUUUCUUUCGAUUUUCUUGGAAUGCAAUGUAAUGGUUUGUUGGAAAUUGGUAAAGAUGCAAAAGAAGGCCCUUUACGAAUGGUUUGAAGAUUGAAAUGAUUGUGUUAUUUCCACCUCGUUUUCUAGUCAUUUGAUUGAUUUAUUGACUGUACACAUGUCCUUUUUGUUUUGGACCUCUGUGAACUUUGAAGUUGUAAUGAUUUGAAUCAGUGCAUUGUCAAUGAGACCUUACCAAAGUGUGUUGUGGCUCACUUGGAAUGUAUUUGUUUUUAAUGGCCUUUUAUAUCUUUAUUUUAUGGUGAGAAGACGUAAGGAGCAGACACUUUAAUUGUUUUGCCUUUUUCAUUUUGCACAUAACAGAUGAAGGGUUUAACUUUUUAGUGUUUUUGAUUGUUCCAAUAAGAUGUACUGGCAGCUUUUUAAGGUAGAUUUGAAUACCUGUCUCGUUACAAAACUUCAACGGUUGAAGCAGAUUUGAACUGACAACGUUUAUGUGAGUGAUUUAGUUUGGCUACGUCUGCCGGUAGCAUGAUGUGGUUUAAAUGUUCAGAGUUGCCUGCACUUGUAAAAUAGGAGCUUGGGUCGAAUUCUAUGUGCUUUCUUUGACCAACAUUCCAUUUGUAGUUCGAUUGUUUCAUGAACCAGUGAUUGUAGGAUUGCAGUACAUCUUACAUUACAUAAACAUGUUGACUCAACCAUGUGCCAUUAAUUUUAUCACACAGAUUGAUUUGUCAUUAGAAUUAUGAGUGUUACCAUGUACAUCAUUUCUUGGUAUAGGAGAUCUGUUUCUUCUGAAUAAUGUUUCUGCUUACUAAGUGACUUGCCCAUUGCUUUGAUGUUUGACUCUGAACACUUGAGGAAAUAUUCAAGUUACUUAAGAAUAUGACCUUUUUUAGGAAACAUUGUAAAUAACAUCAUUACUGACACAUUGUGGUUUUUCCAGAUGUCAUACUUUUUAGAAACGUGUAUUAGAGUCCUAAUAAGUUUUAUUUGUAUUAAAUAAAUAUCAACUUGAGGAACCUUUACUGGCCUCCAACCUAAAACGAAGGCUCUGUUUGCCUUGCGUAGUAGUACAGUACCUUUGAAAACACUAAUAGAAUCACAUACUGCGCCAGAAACUAAAUGAGGAAUCAAUGAUGUAUGUGUAUGUUGAUCUUAUACUGCUUUUAAGGCUAGUGAUAUUUUAGAAAAUAGUUGUAGUUUGCAAAUCAUACAAUUAUUAUUUCGUAUCAAAUUGCCUUUAAUCUUUAAAUGUAUUGGCUUACUACUGUGUAGUUUAACGAGACACUACUGCAUUUUGUUUCAGAUAUCAUUUGUUCCUUUUUAUUUAACUUUUUUUUUUUGUACUGUCACUUAUGUGCUCUCAGCAUGAUUUCAAUAAUUCUCUGAGAGAAUUAAACUGAUAUUUAAUAAUGUCUCAGUCAAAUAAGUAACAUUGAACAUGUUUCACCUUGAGUUAUAACUAGCUGGUCUUAGGUUUAUGAAAGGUUUUGUAAAUUAUUUUACCCCGGCUUAACUGCUUAAAAGGGGUGUGAUAUUGUGUUGACAGUAAACUUGUAACUUGUGAAAGUUAUGUAUAAAGUACAGUAUCCUAAAUUAAUAAGACGUAAUAAAUCUUUUAUCUCUUUAAAUCCA